UUCCGCCCGCCCAGGAUGGAGGCGCCAGCCAGCGCGCAGACCCCGCACCCGCACGAGCCCAUCAGCUUCGGCAUCGACCAGAUCCUCAACAGCCCGGACCAGGACAGCGCACCAGCCCCGCGGGGCCCCGACGGCGCCAACUACCUGGGAGGGCCCCCCGGGGGCCGUCCGGGCGCCACAUACCCGUCUCUGCCCACCUCCUUUGCCGGCCUCGGCGCGCCCUUCGAGGACGCGGGAUCUUACAGUGUCAACCUGAGCCUGGCGCCCGCCGGCGUGAUCCGAGUGCCAGCGCACAGGCCGCUGCCCGGGGCCGUGCCGCCGCCUCUGCCUAGCGCGCUGCCUGCCAUGCCCUCCGUGCCCACGGUCUCCAGCCUGGGCGGCCUCAAUUUCCCCUGGAUGGAGAGCAGCCGCCGCUUCGUAAAAGACCGUUUCACAGCGGCGGCGGCGCUCACGCCCUUCACCGUGACCCGGCGCAUCGGCCACCCUUACCAGAACAGGACGCCGCCCAAGCGUAAGAAGCCGCGCACGUCCUUUUCUCGGGUGCAGAUCUGCGAGCUGGAAAAGCGCUUCCACCGCCAGAAGUAUCUGGCUUCGGCCGAGAGGGCGGCGCUCGCUAAGUCCCUCAAAAUGACGGACGCGCAGGUCAAGACCUGGUUCCAAAACCGGAGGACCAAGUGGCGGCGGCAGACGGCGGAGGAGCGGGAGGCGGAGCGGCAGCAGGCGAGUCGGCUCAUGCUGCAGCUGCAACACGACGCCUUCCAAAAGAGCCUCAACGACUCUAUCCAGCCCGACCCGCUCUGUCUGCACAACUCUUCGCUGUUUGCUCUGCAGAAUCUGCAGCCCUGGGAGGAGGAUAGCUCCAAGGUCCCCGCCGUCACCUCUCUGGUGUGAGCCGCCAGCGCGCACCGUCACCAAGUAUCGCCGCCCCGACCCGGCGGGGCGCCCCGGCCCCCCAGCCGGUCUGGGGGGGAAUCGAGGCCGAGACGGGAAGGGCCAGCCAAGCUCAAGUAGGCCCCGGGGCGCGGCCGCAUCCCCGCCGCCUGCGGAGGGGGGCUGGGCCCGGGCUCCGCGCGA